AUGCAGUCUUUCAGAAAUGAAUUGAGACAAUCCUCCGGCGAGAGCGCCGACAACAUCCGCAGCCGUUACGUUCCCAGCUCCAUCUACAGCGCCAGUGGACCAGCCGAACACUCGCCGGCGACUGGCCACGUGCCCAGCUUCAUGUCGGGGGCAUUGCGAGGCCCAUUCGAGGAGGAAUCAACGCCCCGUCUCCCACCGGUACAGCAGAUCCAAAAUGCUCCACGAAACUCGACCCUUCUCAAUAUCAACGAUCCCGUCGCGAUGCACCUGUUGGCAGAAACAGCAAUCAGUGACAGCCGAGACUUCGAGGUCCUGUCGUUUGACGAGGUGGAACAACUGAAAAAAGAGAGGACCUAUCUGAAGGCCAAGGUCGAAUCUACGAGAAGAAGGUUGGCGUUGGAAAGCAAAGUCCGCGAUGCCGCACAGUCUCUCAACCGCCUCUACUCGACGCGAGAAUCUCCGGACGGGCCGGGAUCGCCCAAGAAGUCACGUCGAAGUUUGCUGGGGAGCAAACGCAGCGAGAACGAUGCGGUUCACCGUGCGGAUGGCGAAUAUGCGGCGAGCAUGAAAAAGGUGGAGGAUUUGUCGCGCGAACUGUUUCAGUUGGAAAAGCGGCUCGAGCACACAGAGAGACGCAUUUUGAUGCACACGGCCGGCAUUCUGCAAAUGACGCACAGGGGUUUGAAGAAGAACAUUCGACGGAAUGAACUGCCUCGAAGCCCGGAGAGCAUGACCAGUCACCACGGACGUGGCUCGGUGGAUUUUGACGAGCGCAGUCUGUAUCAAGUUCCGGACUAUGUGACGGAGUUUGGUCACAUCCCGAACAAAGGCCAUGCUGGAAGUAUCGAUCCUCGGGCUGCCGACGGUGUUGCGAAUCGUCUACUACAAUUGAACCAGCGCGUACACCUGAUGAUCACCCAGGUCAACCUGCAGGAACACUUCGACCCUCCUCCACAACCCACCGAAGACCAUCUGGUCGGCCGUGUCGAUGAACAAAUCCAAGCAUAUCUGGGCUAUAUGUCGCAAGGCCUCGACGCGAUGGAAGCUGCUCAAGCUCGAUCCAGUGGGGCCAUGCAACAGUCAAUAUACGACACAGAAGAGCAGCUUGAGGAUGUCAACAUACGACUCCAUGAGAUACUGCAACGGACCAAUUCCGUCGCGCAUAGCCCAGUCCCGCAGGACGAGCCCAGGGGAAAGGAUCUGCACUCUCAGUUGGCUUUCUCGGCCUCCGUCGUAGAGCGUCUGACCCGGCGUAUUGAGACCCUCGUGGAACAGAAAGCCAUCCUUACACGCCAGAUUCAACAGCAGCGAGAACUCAACAACAGGUCGGAAGUCCACCGAGAUGCCACAAUCUCUCACUUGAUGGAGGAGGCCGAAGGGAGCAAAGUCUCCCAACAGCUUGACCACCUGCAAAAUGAAGAAUCUGAUGCCCAUCGCGAGCUGCUCUCGGAACAACUUCACCAAGCCCGACAAAGAAUUGCUGUUCUGGAACAAGAACGAGCUGCCGGACAAGGCCAGGGCGCUGGGCGUGGAUUGGAGGACAACCACGACGGACUGGAAUCGCAACUACAGCGGCUCAACGCAGAUCUCGUGGAAAAGGAAAGGGAAGCAAUCAAUCUCGCAGCAAGCCACGCAAAAGAUCGAGAAGAGCAUGCGGAGACUACUGCGGCACUGCAGAAGCAGAUCGACGAUGUCAACACUGCGAAGUCAGCGGCUGAGUCUGAAGUCUCGAAGCUGCGUCAAGAGAUGACAGAACUGGAGUCGGAAGUCGUGCGAGCACAAACCGAACUGACCAUGGUCAAGGCUGAGUUGGAUGGGGCGUAUGGCACACGCGCUCAACGAGCAGCGGACGUAUCCAUGAACCCUGCUGUCCAGAAGGAGCUCGACGCCCUCAACGCACGGAACAGUGAGCUUGAGAGUCAACUUGGCCUGCUCAGAAAAGAACACGAGGCGAAGGACAUGGACAUUGUGCAGCUGCAGAACAAAGUCACUGCUCUCCAGACCGAGCUCAAGGAGAUGAUCGGGGAGUAUGAAGCCAUGACCAAGCAGAGCAUUGAGGACGAGAAAGAACGAGAGCGGCUGGAAGAGAACGUCGACGCGAUCCAGCGGAGGUGUGAAGAUCUGGAGAACCAGCUCAACGAAGAAAAGGUCAAGUCGCUUGGCUCGAGUGUCUCAGCGCCCACGGACACGACCUCUGCAAUGGUCUUGAGGAAUGAAUUCCGAAAGAUGAUGCGCGAGACCCGGGCCGAGAAUCUGAAAGUACUCAAGGCCGAGCAAGAAGAACGACGUCGUCUUGAGGGCAUCAUCAAGAGCUUGAAGAAGAACCAACAACAGCUGUCGACAGCUUCAAAGCCAACGCCGGCCACACCCCGGGAGCCAGCCGUGGCUACUUGA